GUUGAAGAACGGAGUAAAGAAUUAUCUAACCCUGCCUGAGGAAAUUACAAUAAAAUUGGUAUCAAUUACCACAUUGUAGUAUUGCCAGUAAAAAAUAGCUGAAGUUGGCUCUUGGCAACUGUACUGUGCAAAAGUCAUUAAAUGUCAAUGUCAUUGUCAAAAACUUGUUUUGGUUUUGUGUUCCACUAUUCUGUUUUGUAAAUUCUUCCUGGAAUAUAAAUGUCUUGUCAGUAUUAUUGAUGAAAUUAAUGACGUGAAAUUGCCUCUAAGCGUGGUACAAUGACAGCUGUAAGAACAUGUCCUGGCUUGUACUGCGGUCGCACUGAACUUGAUGAUGGGACGUGGAGUGACUGCGGUGCUUGCCCUCGAGGUUUUCGCACUAAUUCCACCAGCUACUGCAUGCCAUGUACCGAUAAACCGACUUUAUAUGAUGGCCUGUAUCUUGGGUUCAUGGUUUUAUUACCUAUGGUAUUGCAUUGGUUUUUUAUAGACAUGGUUGCUGUGGCCAAGGGCACCAAAAACAUUUUAGUUCAACACAUAUGUGCGUUUGUGGAAGUUGCAACAGGGACACUGGCAGCUUUACUAGUGCUGCCUCCAACAGGCACUAUUGCUUUACAUGUCUGUUCUCCUAAAGCGCUGUCUGACUGGUACACAUUACUGCAUAACCCUCAACCUGACUAUAAAGAGACCUUGCAUUGUACUCAGGAGGCUGUGUAUCCUUUAUACACGGUCGUCCUACUAAUAUAUGCAUUCAGUUUAUUGAUGACUAUAACAUUGAGGCCAUGGUUGCUGACUUGGGACUCAGUCAAUCCAGGCAAGAAGGCAAUAUACUGCGCGCUGUACUUCUAUCCUAUAUUGGUGCUCAUACAUACUGUUGCUGCGGGAUUGAUUUAUUGUUCAUUCCCAUACAUCAUUAUAAUAAUAUCAAUGAUGACAUCAGCAUCACAUUUCUCAAUCAAAAUCGAGCAGACAGCACCAGCGCUCUUGUUGUCAUCUCUGACCAACACGAGAAACCUGAUUAUACUAUUGGGUCAUUGGGUCAUACAUGCUUAUGGGAUUAUAUCCCUGACUGGUUUCAAGGAAUUGUGGUACCUGUCUCUGGUACCUGCGCCAGCUUUGUUCUACAUCUUAACUGCGCAGUUCACUGACCCUAUGAAGAUUCACAGCGAUUGACAAGAGCGCCAAGCAUUCGUAAAGCUGGUUCUACAUUGACUUUUGAUAGUGGUUCUGUGAUUUCCUUUGUUGUAUGUAAAUAUAAUAGUACAGUGAUGUCUCGUCUUCGAGUGGGGGCCAGUACGAAUGCUUAAUGGCGGUCUCAGGGUGGACAAUCUUGUUGUGUUUAUAAAGCAAAAUUCUCAGGUAUAUUAUAGAGUUUAAGCACCUCAUUGUAUCUCUGCGGUCAGGUGUGAUUAAACAUUUUGUUGUUUAAACUGUCAAACACCAAGCGGUCACCGGUGACCGUAACCUAUUGUUCUAUAAUUGUGUCUACAAAACCGGUACUCGACGAGUUAAUGUCCAAUAACGUCAUUGUUUAUAGUAGUCUUAGUUAAAUUAUUAUUAAUUAGUGUUUUUGUAAGUUAAGGAAGGCGAAUCUAGGAUGUUAUGGGAUCUCAGGCUCAUCCUUAGUCCUGUUUGAAGAUUUAUACGUGUAUUUUGAGUUGUGAACACAUUUACACAUUGUAUGCAUGAGAUCAAUGCAAGAUGAGCCUUAUAACUAAACUAACUUACGUCAUAGGUCUCUUUCCCGCUUACUUCAAUGUUGGUAUUCGACUGUAUUAAUUUAGUGACGUAGGUAAUUGUACAUAGUGGUUUAAUGUUUAUGUGUUAUAGUGUACAUAUAAGAGUAUGUAUGUAUAUGUAUAGUUUAUUCAGUAAUUUGUUAAGAAAUAAUUUAUCUUUUUAAUUGCAAGCUUCGAUGUUGAUAUUCGAACUGUUAUUAGAUCAUGAUUCACAAGGUUAUGUAAGUUCUAUACUUAUCUGAUUAUUUUAUUUAUACACAUUAGUAUUUGUAUAAAUAAAUCACUGAAGAUUGA